GAGAUAAUCCAAAGAAGAGGUUGAAAUGUCAGUUUGAUUAAGAGAGAGGUAAAGUCAGGAGCGGGAAUCACUUCUUUAUGAUGUUUCCUGGUAGAACGCGAAGCUCCAAAAUAGAUCAACUCAACUAUAUUAGAAUCACCUCCAGUAUACAAGCACCUAUCCAGUGUACCAUGGCUUUUACACUGGUAGCAGUAGCAUACAUGUAGAUGUUUGCUUGCCUGACUAACCCAAUUUUCUACCAAAUUUUGAUUUUGAUGUACUGUCUGCCCUCCAACAUGUCCCUUCAUUAGAUUCUGAAGUCAGUAUCAAGUUUAGAAGCGAAUUGUCCAACUUCAUCCCUGAAAGUGCUUGAAGACUGCCCAUUUGCAUUUGAGCACUCCUCCUUGGUUGUAAUGGUGAUAUCAUCUAUACGACAUUCUGAAAUCAUACUCACUCCCAUAUAUUGAUGAUCACUUGCUUCCAUUUUGAAAACCUGAAAUACAUAUUUUAAUGAGUUACAAGUAGUUUACAUGUAGCCAGACUUGCCAUUUCUACUGUAAUUGUCCUGCAUGUUCUGUACUUGCACUGACCCGGACGUCCCUGUUGAAAGAAAAAGUAAAAAGCAAGACAAAAGAACAUAUACGAACGUUCCGGAAACAUGAGAUUAAACUUGAAACGAUAAAUAUUUAAUCACUAGGGUUUUCAGGGAAAUUUAUCAAGUGGAAUUCGCCCCUGAAUAUUGGGAUCUUGGAGGUACUUGUAUUGUUUUGGACUGGGACUUCCCAUAUGCAAGCCGGAUUUGAGUAGUAUACUCUUCUGUUGUCAAUACAUUCGUAUCUUCUUCUUACCAUCCUCCAGUCCCAUCUCUGAAUCGUAGGCAUAUUAGAGACUGGCCCCAACGGGCCACCAAAUUCAACAUAGAGAGGUUCUUGGAAGUUUCACUUUCGACAAGGUCCAAUUUCUGAGAUCACGUACACAGGGAAGCUUCUCACUUGGCUUUUAAUUUCAUUUCAUAGCUAAUAAAUUGCGUUGGCCAUGAAACAAAACCCAGGAGGCAAGAGUUCUUAUCUCCAUUCAUUCUUUGACAAAUGAGCAAUCAUCCCGGAUUUUACUUCGACAUCGGCAAAAAAGCCAGAGAUCUUCUCUACAAAGGUCACAUUGAACAUCCACCAAGUCAAUACCAUGGCCAAUAUCUUGACUGGAGUUUUGGUGUCUCAUGUGAAGACAUUGCCCCUAGACUCAAGACUGUAUUUAGAUUCGUCCUUCCUGAUGCUAACAAGGUGGAACUGCAAUACUUGCAUGACUGUGGGGGAAUUGCAGCAGGCGUUGGGUUAAGUUUUAAACCCACACUAAGCUUCUCGACUGUAAUUGGAGGCAGUCUUCUCUCUGUUGGGACCGAACUGGGCUUCAACACUGCAUCCCGGAUGUUUACAAGAUGCAACCUUGGUUUGAACUUCAACACUGACUUCCUCAUUGCUUCCUUGAACCUGAAUGACAUGGGUGACACUGUAAGGGCUUCCUGCUACCACACCUUGAACCCCCUAACCAACACAGCGAUUGCAGCAGAGUUGGCACACAGCUUUUCAGGCCACAGUAGUUACGUAACUAUUGGCACCCAGCAUUUGCUGUUCCCAACUACAUUGGUGAAGGCUCGAGUGAGCACCUAUGGCAGGAUAGGCGCCAUCAUUCAACAUGAAUUGUUGCCAAAUUUCUUCAUAACAAUGGCUGCAGAGGUGGAAACCAGUGCUACUAAAAGGGGCGCCAAGGCUGGGCUGUCUGUAGCUUUCAGACCCUAAUCAGUAGUGGAGCCAUUAUAGAGAAACUGAAAAUAACAUACUUUGAUGAUCAUGGACCACCAGAGUACGCUUUUCUGGUGUCACAAACCACACGUAAAGCUUUCAGUGCAUGCUGCUGUAUUUUGCUUCAAUGUUGAGUGGAAGUAACGGAGAAAAUGAGAGAAUAAUGCAUGCUAACUAGAGAGAAAUCAGCAGAAAAGUUGUUUUGUUGCAUGAUAUCUGAAGUUGAGUUAUGAGAUGAUUUCAUAAUUAGGGUUGUUU